GGUUCAGAUCGGCCAUACCGUUCCUCCCUGACUCGGCAAUAUAAAAUAAUACUCACCGGCUUCCCUCCCCACCCAGGCACUCAAGUCUGGUGUAUCUAUAGGGGUUCGCUUUCGAUUCUUGCACCAUAACCGACUUUUGUUUCUCUUAGUUCUCUGUUGAUUUCUCAAGCUUAGUGCGUCGUAGUUCUUGCUCCCAUCGCCAACCAUGGCCAAAGGCGUAGUCUCAGACGAAGAAGACGAGGUCGAACUCGAAGAGGAGGAGAGGGAGCCAGUUGAUGGAGAUGGUGCGGAUGAUGACGAGGACGAGGACGAAGAAGAAGAAGGACAGGAUGAAUAUGAGAAUGACGGAUUUAUAGUUGACGAUGUUGAGGAAGAGGAGGAACAAGAUGAAGAAGAGAGGGCAGACAGCGAUGAAGAACGGCAGAAGAAGAAAAAGAGGAAGAAAAAGGAGGAGUAUGUUCUGGAUGAAGAUGAUUAUGAGCUUCUAGAGGACAAUAAUAUCAAUAUUCACCGCAGGAAGGAGAGCAAAAAGUUUAAGCGGCUGAAAAAAGGGCAGAGGGACACCGAGGAGGAGCCCUCAGGAUUAUCUGACGAGGAGGAAUUUGUUGGAAGUGGGAAAGGUGGGAGGACUGCUGAGGAGAAGCUUAAGCGCAGUUUAUUUGGUGAUGAUGAAGGAGCUCCACUUGAAGAUAUUGCUGAAGAGGAGGAACAGGGAGAAGAGGAGGAGGAUGCAGACAUUGGUGAAGAAGAUGAAAUGGCAGACUUCAUCGUGGAUGAGGAAGAAGUUGAUGAACACGGGGCUCCUAUGAGGCGAAAGAAGCUGAAGAGAAAGAAAGUUAGGCAGGCACCUGGAGUAUCUUCUUCUGCAUUGCAAGAAGCUCAGGAGUUAUUUGGUGAUGUUGAUGAGUUGCUGCAGUCUCGCAAGCAAAGUCUGGAACUACGUGAAUAUAGGGAGACUAGACUUGAAGAUGAAUUUGAGCCUGUUGUCCUUUCUGAGAAAUAUAUGACAGAGAAGGAUGAUCGAAUUAGGGAGCUUGAUAUUCCUGAAAGAAUGCAGAUAUCAGAAGAGAGUACUGGUGCGCCUCCACUGGACGCAGGUAGCAUAAGAGAGGAGAGUCGCUGGAUAGAGGAUCAACUUAAAAAAGGAACGGUACCCUGGAUUCACAAGAAAGACGCUGGCAAUUUACAGAUUGACACUCAUGAUAUCAUCAGAUUUUUGGAACUGCAUCAUGUGCAGAAACUGGAUAUUCCUUUUAUUGCUAUGUACCGGAAAGAGGAGUGCUUAAGCCUACUGAAAGAUCCAGAGCAACCUGAUGAUGAGAAUUGGGAUAAAAAUGAAAGGCCUCCAACUUUAAAAUGGCACAAGGUACUUUGGGCAAUUCAAGACUUGGACCAAAAGUGGUUGCUUCUUCAGAAACGAAAAAGUGCCCUCCAAGCCUACUAUAAUAAACGAUUUGAAGAAGAGUCCCGUCGUGUUUAUGAUGAAACAAGACUUGAAUUGAACCAGCAAUUGUUUGAGUCAGUUAUGAGAUCAUUGAAGGCUGCAGAAACAGAGAGAGAGGUUGAUGAUGUCGAUUCAAAAUUCAACUUGCAUUUCCCUCCAGGGGAAGCUGGUGUUGAUGAAGGGCAAUAUAAAAGACCUAAAAGGAAAUCAACGUAUAGUACUUUCAGUAAGGCAGGGCUUUGGGAGGUUGCCAGCAAGUUUGGCCGUAGUGCUGAGCAACUUGGAAUGAUCUUAUCACUUGAAACAAUGAUUAACGAGUUGGAGAAUCCCAAGGAAACACCUGAAGAAAUGGCUUCAAAUUUUACAUGUGCUAUGUGUGAUACGCCUCAAGAAGUACUCAAAUAUGCGAGGCACAUGGCAGCUGUUGAGAUUAGUUGUGAGCCUAGCAUCAGGAAACAUGUCCGUACCAACUUUAUUGACCAUGCCGUGGUAUCAACUUGCCCCACUGCUGAUGGAAAUGUAACUAUAGAUUCUUUCCAUCAGUUUGCUGGGAUAAAGUGGUUGCGGGAGAAGCCGUUAUCUAAAUUUGAGGAUGCACAAUGGCUCCUUAUACAGAAGGCGGAGGAGGAAAAACUCCUUCAAGUUACUAUUAAGCUGCCUGAGGAGUAUCUUGAUAAGUUGACAAAUGAAUUCAAUGAUUAUUACAUCAGUGACAGUGUUAGUAGGUCUGCCCAACUGUGGAAUGAACAGAGGAAGUUGAUACUGCAUGAUGCAAUUUUUCGCUUUCUAUUACCAUCAAUGGAAAAAGAGGCAAGAACUUAUUUAUUGAGCAAAGCAAAGAAUUGGUUACUCAUGGAGUAUGGGAAGGCAUUGUGGAAUAAGGUUUCUUUGGGACCUUACCAACGGAAGGAUAAUGAUCUUAGUGCUGAUGAUGAAGCUGCCCCUAGGGUUAUGGCUUGCUGUUGGGGUCCUGGAAAGCCGCAGACAACUUUUGUUAUGUUAGAUUCAUCAGGGGAAGUGCUAGAUGUUCUUUACACAAGGUCACUUACUCUACGGUCUCAAAAUGUUAAUGACCAGCAACGGAAGAAGAAGGACCAGGAGCGUGUUUUGAAGUUCAUGACAGACCACCAACCGCAUGUUGUUGUUCUAGGAGCAGUGAAUUUGUCUUGUACUCGUUUGAAGGAUGAUAUAUAUGAGAUAAUUUUUAAAAUGGUGGAGGAAAAUCCUAGAGAUGUUGGUCACGAGAUGGAUGGCCUCAGCAUUGUGUAUGGGGAUGAAUCUCUUCCACAUUUGUACGAAAAUUCUCGAAUUUCCUCUGAACAACUUCCCUCCCAGCAAGGUAUAGUGAGGCGGGCUGUUGCACUUGGAAGGUAUCUGCAGAAUCCCUUGGCAAUGGUUGCAACAUUAUGUGGACCUAGAAAAGAAAUUUUAUCAUGGAAACUGAGUUCCUUGGAGAGCUUUCUCAACCCUGAUGAGAAAUUUGGGAUGGUUGAGCAGAUUAUGGUAGAUGUGACAAAUCAGGUGGGCUUAGAUGUUAACUUAGCCAUAAGUCACGAGUGGUUAUUUGCUCCCUUACAAUUUAUUUCUGGGCUUGGUCCAAGAAAGGCUGCAUCCUUACAGAGGUCCCUGGUAAGAGCUGGAGCAAUUUUUACCCGGAAGGACUUUGUGACGGAACAUAAACUGGGUAAAAAGGUUUUUGUCAAUGCUGUAGGUUUCUUGCGUGUUCGAAGGAGUGGGUUGGCUGCUAGCAGCAGCCAAUUUAUUGAUUUGCUAGAUGAUACAAGAAUUCAUCCAGAAUCAUAUACUCUUGCACAAGAGUUGGCUAAAGAUGUAUAUGAGGCAGAUGGCACAGGUGAUGCUAAUGAUGAUGAUGAUGCACUGGAGAUGGCUAUAGAGCAUGUGAGAGAUCGGCCUAGUUAUUUGAAAAACCUUGAUGUUGAGGAAUAUGCUAAUGAGAAGAACCGGCAGAAUAAAAAAGAAACUUUCUAUGACAUAAAAAGAGAACUGAUUCAGGGAUUUCAGGAUUGGCGUAAACAAUAUGAAGAACCAAAUCAGGAUGAGGAGUUUUAUAUGAUAUCAGGUGAAACUGAGGAGACCCUUGCUGAAGGGAAAAUUGUCCAAGCUACAAUUCGCAGAGUGCAAGCCCAAAAGGCCAUAUGCGUGCUUGAAUCUGGGUUGACUGGAAUUCUCAUGAAAGAAGACUAUACAGAUGACUGGAGGGAUUUAGUUGAGCUGUCUGACAGGCUAAAUGAGGAUGACAUUCUCACUUGCAAAAUCAAAUCAAUUCAGAAGAACAGGUAUCAGGUAUUCCUUGUUUGUAGGGAGAGUGAAAUGAGAAGUAAUCGUUUACAGAGUAACCGAAAUCUUGACCCCUAUUAUUACGAAGACCGUAGCUCUCAACAGAGUGAACAAGACAAAGGUCGCAAAGAAAAAGAGCUGGCAAAGAAACAUUUCAAGCCUAGGAUGAUAGUUCAUCCACGUUUUCAGAACAUUACUGCAGAUGAAGCAAUGGAGUUCUUGUCUGACAAAGAUUUUGGAGAAAGUAUAAUCCGGCCUAGUUCACGCGGACCCUCAUUUCUUACUCUAACUCUCAAAAUCUAUGAUGGAGUUUAUGCCCACAAAGAUAUAAUUGAAGGUGGAAAGGAACACAAGGACAUCACAAGCUUGCUUCGAAUUGGGAAGACACUUAAAAUUGGAGAGGACACUUUUGAGGAUUUAGAUGAGGUAAUGGAUCGAUAUGUUGAUCCCUUGGUAGUUCACUUAAAGGCAAUGCUAAACUAUCGCAAGUUCAAGAAGGGUACAAAAGCAGAAGUUGAUGAACUUUUGAGGAUGGAAAAAGCUGAGUAUCCCAUGCGGAUAGUCUAUAGUUUUGGCAUCUCUCAUGAACAUCCAGGCACAUUCAUAUUGACUUAUAUAAGAAGUACGAAUCCCCACCAUGAGUACAUUGGGCUUUAUCCAAAAGGAUUCAAAUUUCGGAAAAGGAUGUUCGAAGACAUUGAUCGACUUGUGGCAUAUUUCCAGAGGCACAUUGAUGAUCCCCAGCAUGAUGUGGCACCUUCUAUUAGAUCUGUUGCUGCUAUGGUCCCAAUGCGAAGCCCAGCUACUGGUGGAUCCUCAGGGACAUCAGUGGGUAGUGGAUGGGGCUCUAAUGAAGGUGGCUGGAGAAGUCACGCAGGUGACAGGGAUCGAUCUUCUACACCUGGUUCGAGGACAGGCCGAACUGAUUACAGAAACAGUGGGAAUCGGGAUGAUCACCCUAGUGGUCUGCCUCGGCCAUACGGUGGUGGUCGUGGACGUGGUCGAGGCUCUUACAACAGUCGAGGAAACAACUCCAAUAAUGAAAGGCAGGACUCUGGCUUUAGCUCAGCUAGAUGGGGUUCUGCCACAAAGGAUGGAGAUGAUGGUUUAAGCAAUUUUCCAGGAGCCAAGGUUCAAAAUUCCCCAGGAAGGGAAGCCUUUCCAGGCGGUUGGGGGUCUGGUGGAGCUAGUGGUUGGGGUGGCGGUGGUGCUUCAAAUGACGCAGAACGUGGAAGCUCUGGCUGGGGAAGUGGUCUCAAGAAAUCUGAUAAUGGAUGGUCUGGAAAUGCUGGUGGGGGCACUGGUUGGUGAAUCAGACAACUUAAAUCCGGCUUCCCUGCUACGGUUUAUGCAAUCCCCUUCUGCGUACUCUUUCUUGGCGGUUGUAAGUAGGUAAGUUAUCCAGUGGUUGAAAUAGGAUGUACCUUGACGCUGGUGUAUGCAUUUGCUGAGAUUUUUAGAUGGGCAGCUUUUCAUUUCUUCUCCAACUCUUACGGAUGGUAUAAUAUUUUAGUCCAUUAGCCUUUGGGGGGAGAGUAUGGAGUGUGGCUAGAAGUGUAGGUUCAACCACCCGAUGUGACAAGGAAUAUUUUGAAAGGUGCUUGAUUUCAUGGCAUCAACAUCUGUAAACUUGUGAAUUGUAUUUAGGACGGAAAUCAUAAGAAUGGACACUUUUUUGCUUUUUGCCUCAUACAGAAUGCUGCAGUACUCGAAAUUGUACAUUUACGUUAAUUUGGUCAAUAAAUAUUGGUUCUCUUGUUAAA